AUGGCUUCUGUCACCGCCGCUUCUCCCAACGACAUUCUUUCCUGGACGAACCAGGACUCCCGCGAAAGCGUGCUCUUCAAUGCCUGGGGUAUCCUUUACCGAUUUCAGACAAGCGUCGGUCAGAACGGAGCAAGCGUUACCACCAUGUGGCGCGCCCUCCGACCCAACAAAGAGGACCGCAUCGCCAAACUCGAAUGGGCCGCGAACGGUGGCCUCGGUCGCGUUAUUAUGGGCAAGCAUACCCUCCGAAUGACUGACCUUGCUCGACCGGACCCUUCUCUCUAUGGAGCCCGCACCUUCACUGGACCGGACGGUCUUCUAUAUCGGUGGCGGCCUGCCCCCACGGGCGUCGAUAUUCUGCUCCAGGACACCGCAGGCAAUGUCAUUGCGUUUUUCCGUCCAACGCGGCAAACGCGUUACCAGAUCGGCGACGUUUAUGGCGAAAUCCAUUAUAUCCGAAAUGCUGGGCUGGGCACAGUGAUGCAUCCUCCCAUGAUGGAUAUGGUGACCCUGACCGCCAUGCUGUACCGCUUUUGCGCGCAGUGGAAUAUUUGA